GAUCGCGGGGGCCGCGCCGGGCGGGGCCGGAGGAUGGUGGGCGGCGCGGCGGUGCAGGGCCCGGUGGGCUUGCAUGAGCUGCUGCUGGCCGGGGGGGCGGGCGCGGCCGCCCCGGCUGCUCCGGGCGGCGCCUGCCCCGGGGCUGCCGCCGCCCCGGGCGGGGAGGAGGAGGAGGUGUGCGUGGUGGGCAUCUUCGGCAAGACGGCGCUGCAGCUCGGCUCGGAGAAGGCCGCCCUGGUCAACACGGUCUGCGACCGGCAGGUCUUCCCUCUCUUCCAGCGGGAGGGCGGCGGCGGGGGCAGGCCGGCGGCCGGCGGGGGCGCCGGAGCAGGCGCGGACCCCGGGGCUGACUCCCCGCCUGGGCCUUCCUCCUCCUCCUCCUCCUCCUCUUCUUCUUCUUCGUCGUCGUCGUCCUCCUCCUCCUCCUCCUCCCCCGCGCCCGGGGCCGCCGCGCAGGGCGACUACCACCACCUGCAGGCUUUCUACAGCCAGGAGAGCAAGGUGCUCUACCUGGUCCUCACCGCCAUCGGCGACAGCCACCAGCUGCUGCAGGCCUGCAAGGACCUGGAGGCCAUGGGGGGCGCCCGGGGCUCCACCGGCUUAGGGGCCCAGGCCGGCUCCCCGCUGCCCCACGCGGAAGCUCACGAGUUCUGGAAGCACCAGGAGAAAAUGCACUGCCUGAACCUGCUCUACCUCUUCUCCGUCUGCCACAUCCUGCUGAUGGUGCACCCCACCUCCUCCUUCGACAUCACCUACGACCGGGUCUUCCGGGCCCUGGACGGCCUGCGGCAGAAGGUCCUGCCCACCCUCAAGGCCGCCAUCAAGGACUGCCCCGUCGGCAAGGACUGGAAGCUCUUCUGCCGGCCCUGCCCGCCUCGCCUGCUCUUCCUUUUCCAGCUCAACCGGGCCCUGAAGGUGGAGCCUCCCCCCGGCCGAGGGCAGGAGCUGGGGGGCCAGCUGGAGAAGCCUCCCCCCAAAAAGCACUCACCCAAGCGCCGGCUGCAGCACGCCCUGGAGGACCAGAUCUACCGCAUCUUCCGCAAGAGCCGGGUCCUGACCAACCAGAGCAUCAACUGCCUCUUCACCGUUCCGGCCAACCAAGCCUUCGUCUAUAUCGUGGCGGGCGGGGCCCAGGAGGGCGAGGACCCCAUCGCCAUCCUGCUGGAGCAGCUGCGAGGCAACUGCACAGCUCGGGAGGCCGACGCCUCACUGGGCCCGGCCAUGGCAGGGCCCCGGCGGUACCAGAUGAUGAGGCAUGGGAGGCAGCAGCUGUCCUUCCACGCUGAAAGCAGUGGGGGGGGCAGCGGGAGCAGCAGUUCGAGCUCCUCCGGCCAGCUGGUGGACUGCACCUUGAAGGAAUUCUUGUUCCAGCACGUGGAGCUGGUCCUUUGCAAAAAGGGCUUUGACGACAGCGUGGGGAGGAACCCCCAGCCCUCCCACUUUGAGCUCCCGACCUACCAGAAGUGGGUCGCCACGGCCCUGAAGCUUUACGAGGUGGCGAUUGAAGGCAAGGACAGCGACUCCUCCCCGGGUGGGGAGCUCACCUCCAAGAUCAUGGGAAGCAUCAAAGUUCUGGAGGGCUACUUGGACAUCGACACCAAGUUCUCCGAGAACCGCUGCCAGAAGGCCCUGCCCAUGGCCCACAGUGCCUACCAGUCCAACCUGCCUCACAACUACACGAUGACCAUCCACAAAAGCCAGCUGGCCCAGGCGUUGAGGGUCUACAGCCAACACGCCCGAGGUCCAGCCUUCCACAAGUACGCCCUGCAGUUGCAUGAAGACUGCUACAAGUUCUGGAGCAACGGGCACCAGUUGUGCGAAGAGAGGAGUCUGACCGACCAGCAUUGCAUGCACAAAUUCCAUUUGCUCCCCAAAUCAGGGGAAAAACCGGAACCGGAUCGGAAUCCACCGGUGCUGUACCACAACAGCCGGGCACGUUCUACCGGUGCCUGCAACUGCGGGAGGAAACAGGCACCCCGCGACGAUCCCUUUGACAUCAAAGCUGCAAAUUACGAUUUCUAUCAGCUGCUGGAAGAGAAAUGCUGCGGAAAGCUGGACCAUAUCAACUUCCCUGUGUUUCAACCCAGCACGCCAGACCCAGCCCCAGCCAAGAACGAGACCUCCCCCAGCCCUCCGGAAGGGGAAGCUGAAAAGCUCAAGGAGAAGGAACCCCAAACCCAGGGGGAGAGCACCAGUCUCAGCCUGGCCCUCAGUUUGGAUCAAUCCACAGAUAGUUUAGGGACCUAUCCUGCGGAUCCGCAGGGCGGAGGCAACAACACCGAAGCUCACGGGCCGGUGGCUGAAUCGAAAGGCGAGAAGAGAGCAAGCUUGGUCGACCGCCAGCCCUCCACGGUGGAAUAUCUGCCCGGAAUGCUUCACUCCAAUUGCCCCAAAGGUCUUCUCCCCACCUUCUCCAGCUGGUCUCUGGUGAAGCUCGGCCCCGCCAAGGCGUACAACUUCCACGCAGGCCUGGAUCAGCAGGGCUUCAUUCUGGGGACCAACUACUUAAUGCCCUGGGACAUUGUCAUCCGGACACGGACGGACGAGGAGGGUGACCUGGACAGCAAUUCUUGGCCGGCCCCGAACAAGGCCAUUCCAGGGAAAAGGAGCGCCCUGGUCAUGGGGAGAGGAAGGCGGAGGGAUGAUGUGGCUCGGGCUUUCGUGGGCUAUGAAUACGAGGAUGCCCGGGGCCGGAGGUUCAUGUGCUCAGGACCGGAGAAGAUCAUGAAAGUGAUGGGAGGGGGCCCCAAGGAAUCAGCCGUCAAAGCCCUCAAUUCCGACAUGCCCCUUUACAUCCUCUCAUCCAACCCAGGGAGGGGACUGAAGCCACACUACGCUCAGCUGAUGAGGCUGUUUGUGGUGGUUCCUGAUGCUCCGCUCCAAAUAACCCUAACCCCCCAGGUCCAGCCAGGGCCGCCUCCUUGCCCGGUAUUUUACCCGGAGAAACAAGAGAUCACUCUUCCGCCCGAUGGGCUGUGGGUCCUUCGCUUUCCUUACGCCUAUGUGACCGAACGCGGCGCAUGCUUCCCUCCAAAGGAGAACCAGCAGUUGAUGAAUUACAAGGUGCUUAAAGGAAUCCUAAAGGCAGUGAUACAAUAGGAUUCUUUAGACCAGUGUUUCUUCACCUUGGCAACUUGAAGAGGUGUGGACUUCAACUCCCAGAAUUCCCCAGCCAGCAAGGCUGGCUGGGGAAUUCUGGGAGUUGGAGUCCACACCUCUUCAAGUUGCCACGAUGGAGAAACGCUGCUUUAGACCUGGCUCGCUGAAUUGGCUCUGCAAUUCUUGGGUUUAUUUUUUAUUUUUUUUACUGUCCUUGCCCCUUCCCCCAGCUGGAGCUGAAAUGAUGGAUUUUGAUCACACGCAGCUGGUGUGCUUACAGCAAUCACUGGUUUAAUUUGGCAGAGCCACCAUGCAUCGUACAAAAUCUCAGUAUUGAUAUGAUGUGUAAGUGCCAAGUCCUGUUCAGAAUGUUGUAAUCGUGGGUGUGUCAGCAGUACAGCGCAUCUAAGUUCUAGUGUGCCAAGCUCUGUUGAUUGAAAUGAAGGAAGGAAAAAAAAAUAAAGCUUUGUUUCUCUAUUAUUAA